AUGGAGGUGUACGAGAAUGGCGAGGAUGAGAACCCCAUCCUAAACCCAGGAUCAGACGCCAACCUGCUUGAAGGGGACAUUUUGAUUCCAGAAGAAAGGAAUGCUUUGGCUGACAAAAGAUACAGAUGGAAAUUUCCAAUUCCUUACAUUCUGGGUGAUGAUUUGGAUCUGAACGCCAAAGGCUGCGUCCAUCAGGCUUUCGAAAUGUAUCGCCUGAAGUCUUGUGUUGACUUCAAGCCUUACGAAGGAGAGAAAACAUUCAUCAAGUUUGAAAAGAGAGGAGGGUGUUUCUCCAACGUUGGUGACCAGCAGACCGGCCAGAUUCUGUCUUUGGGGUCAGGCUGUGAUCACAAGGCAGUGAUUGAACAUGAGCUGCUCCACGCUCUGGGAUUCUACCAUGAACAGUCCCGCACAGACAGGGAUGACUAUGUCGACAUCUGGCUGGAUCAGGUCACACCGGGACUUCAACACAACUUCAACAAGUACAACGACGACUACAUCACCGACCAAAACACGGCGUACGACUACGAGUCCGUCAUGCAUUACAGGCCCUUCUCCUUCAAUCAGAACGACCUCCCCACCAUCACCACCAAAAUCCCAGAGUUCUACAACAUCAUUGGCCAGUACCUCGACUUCAGCAAGAUGGACACCUUCAGGCUCAACCGGAUGUACAACUGCUCUGGUCCUCUCACCCUGCUGGACCAGUGUGCCUUUGAGUACGCCAGCAUCUGCGGGAUGAUCCAGGCCACCUCUGAUGACGCCGACUGGGUUCAUACUAAGAGCAGUGUGGGUACAGAGGAUCACACACUCCUGGGACAAUGCAAAGAUGCUGGCUACUUCAUGCACUUCAGCACCAUGACUGGGAACCCUAAUGAGUCUGCACUGCUGGAAUCGCGAACUCUCUACCCAAAGAGGAGGCUUCAGUGUCUGCAGUUCUUCUACAAGAUGACCGGGAGCUCCAAGGACAGGCUGGUGAUCUGGGUCAAGACGGACGAUGGCACAGGCACCAUUCGUAGAAUGAAGAAGAUACACACCUUUUAUGGGGAUUCCGACCACACGUGGAAGAUCACCCACGUCCCAAUGGAGGUAGGGGAAAAAUUCCGCUAUGCUUUCCAAGCUGUGCGCAACGAUCCCUCCGCAUCCGCCGGUGGCAUCUACAUCGACGACAUCAGCCUGACCGAGACACGCUGCCCCAACGCUGCGUGGACGAUCCAGAACUUCUCCAAGAUCAUGGAAACGGCCGACAGAGACACGGUUAUCGACAGCCCUCGUUUCUACAGCCCUGAGGGCUACGGUUACGGUGUUCGUAUCAUGCCGUUGUCGAGUCACACUGAUUACACGGGCAACUACACUGGGCUGUACUUCCACCUGGUCAGCGGGGAGAAUGAUGCGGUGAUGCAGUGGCCGGCCAUAAACAGACAGGCCACCUUGGUGGUGAUGGACCAAGACCCAGACAUCAAGCUGAGGAUGUCCACCGCUCGCAGCCUCACCACUGAUAUGAGGCAGACGUCAGAUGGAAAGUUGUUUUGGGACAAUCCCUCCAAGGUGGGGACGGAUGACCCUUCCUGUGAAUGCUACAGAGGCCAAUCAUGGGGCUGGAGUAACUUCAUCAAGCACUUUGACCUCAGGCGGCGCAAUUACCUCAAGAACGACGACCUCAUCAUCUUCAUUGACUUCGAGGAUAUAACAUCACUGAUCAAAACAGAAGUUCCCAUUGAUCCCAAGGAGUAAGGUCACACAGGAUUUGAUAUCAUGAUUAACUGGAGAUGCAACAUAUGCGGCUGAGAAGAACCACCUAUGAAGAUAAAGAAAGGAUGGAAGAUUACUGCUGUGACACAAUAAAGUUAUAUUUGGUACAUAAUCUAUAAUUAAUAGUUAAAAUACUGUAUUUACAUAAAAAGCUUUUGAUGAACGUCAUCAUUUUGAACAACAAAGUUCUUUCGCAUUGAACUGUUGUCCUAUUAAAAGCUAUUAAAUGAAGCUA